AUGGCUCCGUCGAAGAAAGCCUCUAGUCGGACGACCAAGAAGAGUGCGGUCCGAGGCCGAAAGCUCGCCUCCUUCCUCAAGGACUUCGACCGUGAAGUACAAAUCAGAUCAAAGCAAAUACAGUCAGAUGCCCAGAAUCUUGUCAAAGAAGUAGACAACCUUUACAACAUUGAAAUCCUCCGGCUUCCCAAGGCUCUUAGAGAGAUGAAUUGGCUUGAAUAUUUUGCCCUAGGAGGAAGCAAACAGGCUCUGGAAGAGGCAGCAACAGCUGACCUGGAUAUCACAGAGAUAAAUAAGCUGACAGCCGAGGCUAUUCAAACACCCUUGAAAGCUGCCGUCAAAGCAAAGAAAGCAGCAAAAGUGGCUGAGAUGAUUAGAGAAGAAGAAACUGAAAAUAUUAAUCCUCAAACUAUUAAGACAAAGAGGUGUCCUACGACCAAGAAAAGGACUCAAUCAGUACGAGCAAAUGGCAGGAACAAAAGGUCAAACCAAAAUAGUCUUGUUACUCCAGCCACAGGCAGAUCUGAUUUCUCCAUAUUAGGACCAGCUCCAGGUCUGACGCCCAAGUUUGAUUCCAGAAUCUUCAAGACUCCUGGCCUACGCACUCCAGCAGCCAGAGAGCGAAUUUACAACGUCUCUGUGAACGGCAGCCCCCUGGCUGAUAGCAAUGAGGUCUUCCUUACUGUGCCAGUGGGUGGAGGAGAGAGUAUGCGCUUACUGGCCAGUGAUUUACAAAAGAUGGAUCUGGCACAUCUGGAUCCAGAGGCUUUGGGAAACAUUAAGAAGUUAUCUAAUCGACUUGCUCAAAUCUGUAACAGCUUACAGACCCAAAAAUGAAGCAGCUGAAUUCUUCAAGAAGCCCAAGCCAGGCAUAGUGGGACUUAACAUGUGCAACUUUGCCAUCUCUGAAGGAUCUCUGCAGGCUCGUCGUUUAUUUGAGUCCAAAGUUUCUAGUAAAGGAAUUGACUGCCCCUUUUGACUGAUGGGACAUUAAAGAUCAUGGAGAAACACACAACUUUCUUCUCAUCCCCUUCUACCAGAACCCUCAGAGCAAAAAGUUAGGACGACUGCUCCAAUCACAGCCUCUGUCCACUCCCCAAACUGGAGCUUUCCAGCUUGCCUCACACUGGUGCCUCUAUUUUGUUUGUUUUUAGGACUAUGUUUUUGUCAGAGCUUUGGGGAUUGUGGGCGGUGGUAUAAUGUGCCACAAGGACAGGGGUUUGGCCUCAAGAGAAGGGAAACUGCAGCUGCUGCAGAAUCUUCCUAACAAUUAUUGUAGC